AGAUUGACAACACUGAUGUGGACUGACUGAUUUUGGUUGAUGCUCUGUGUUAUGCUCACAGUUUCAAGCCCAGAGCAAUAAUCAAUGUUGCUACACUUACAGGUGUCAUGGAUGUGGCCUUAGGCUCUGCUGCUGCAGGCGUGUUCACUAACUCUGGCUGUGGGAGCGGCUGCAUAAGUUCAGGUGGCGCCUGUACUGCUGCAACCUUCCUGAGAAAGUUUGUGACAGCUGAUCAUUGGGCUCAUCUCAACAUUGCUGGAGUCAUGGCCGAUAAUGAUGAAGUUCCAUUCCUGAGAAAAGGAAUGUCUGGAAGACCUACACCUACUUUGGUGGAGUUUGCUGCUGGUUUGGCCUCUGAACCCUAAUGUGACCUAUGUGAGCUUUGUCUUGGAUGCCUCAGAAGUACAGUAUAUCCAUGAUGAUCAGUGUUGAUGAUCAGCAAAAAAUGAUCAACACAGUGAAAGCAUUAAAAAAAUAAUAAUCAGUGAAGUUUUUACGGCACAAGAAGAACAGAAAACUGUUUCUAGUGGAAACUGCUGACAAGCAUUGCUAGAACCUACUAUACUGUUGCUAAAAUCUAGUUACUUUGUAAAAAGCA